CUGGAUGCGGUGCUCACCAGAGUGGGACAACUCGGGAUUAUCAGAAACGGCAUAUUCAGUAACGAUAUCAAUGCAGCGACACUUGGGCUGGUAUGGAGCAAUGCUGAUGAGCUUGCAAGCUUUUUUGUCGACCUGGUUGAAUGCGCAAAGUGCUAUGCUCCAGCAAGCUCACUGAACGGGGCAACUGGACAAAACAAUCCACAUGGGCAAGACAAUGAAUUCGACCUCUCGCAGCCCAUGAAUCGGCAUGCUCUGAUAUGCCAGGUCCAGAGACUGGCUAGAUCCAUAAUCUACAUACUCAAGAACGUGGCGACCUCAAUCACAUUCGAAGAAAUCGACAUGAGCAGUGAAACCACAUUAAGGAGCGAUGACUAUGACACGGGGACACUCCUUGAAGAGCAACCAAGAGUCGCGAAUGAGAAAUGGUUGUUUGUCAAUGGUAUCGCUACGGAGCUCUUCUGGCUACACCUCGCUUGCAAGAAACUGGCGAGGCAGUAUUCAAGGGAGAUAACAGGUGUUUACAACAGGGGAGAUGGCAUUUUGUGGGACCUCAUCGAAUGUGCCGGCGAAAGGAACAUCACAGGCGAGGGUAAUGCAAGAAGCCAGAAAAGGCUCAUUCAAAGAACGAGCAGCAGCAGGGGCGCUCAAGAGAAGCUGAAGGAGCAGCUGGAAGCGGCACUGGAGCAAGCAGGAGACGGAGACGGAAGCGUAUACAAGCAUGUUGUGGUGAUAGCCCACUCGCAGGGCUGCCUCCUCCUCCGUCUUGCGUUGGAGGAAUUAGUCGUUGAGGACGCUGCUGGGACGGGCAACACUCGGCAGACAAUGCUGGAGCGGCUUUGCGUCUUCACAUUUGGGAAUCCAAGCGUGGACUGGAAGCUGGAUCUGCCCGACGAUGUUGUCAUUGCGCCCCUACAGAAUAGCGGGCAGAGUCAGAUGGACCUCGAAUUUCUCAGCUCCCAUGUUCUCCGCACAGAGCAUUUUGCUAACAAGGUCGAUUUUGUUGCGAAACUUGGAGUCAUUAGUGAACAUAGACGGGCGGACAGUGGCUAUGCACCAGAACAUGUCUUCGUAAACGAAGACCCGGACUGGAUUGGCCAUCUCUUCGGCACACAAUACAGCCUCGAUUCUCGAUACUACAGAGCCGAGCAGACGAACGGAGCGAUAGGCGACCCGUCAUGGCUGCUAACUUGU